UCUUAUUUUGUAGAUAAAAUUAAUUUUAAAUAAGAAUUAUUUCCCGUUUGUAAAAGGAAACUCUAACAAGUGCAUCAAAAACUAUUGUGUUUCAGUUUUUUAAGAUAUAUUUGAUAUCAUAAUUAUGGACUUGAAUAUAAUCCCAAAUUUCACCUUUGUAGUUGUAUGUUCAACUAUUUUAUCAAUGAUAGGUGGUAAUAUCAGUUUUCAGUUGUUGCCCACAUCUGAUAUUACUGUUGGCUCUAAUCAAUAUGGUGGUGGAUAUGGUGGUGGGGGAGGUGCUGGUGCUGCCCGUUAUACGGAUGAUACCUUGAAUUUUUCUUCUGGUUCUGGUUUUCAAAUUAAUGAUAAAGAUACGAAAUACUAUAACUAUGACGAUGAUGGUGACGAUGAAGAUAACAAUGGCGAUGAUGCACCGAUGGUGAACGAUGAUGGCUACCAAGUUUAUAAACUAAAUGUAGAACUUAAAAAAGUAUUACCUGAGUAUUGACAGCCAAAUGAUUACUUGAUUCUCCUUAUGCUUAUUUGCAUUUUGCAAACAUUUUUAACGAUCUAAUCAUGAUUAGAGUGCUAGAUGAACCACAGCAUCAUUUCUAUGUACCUACGUUAUAACGUAAGAUGUCGAUGCCUUCAACAUGCCGUUCAUCACAAUUUUAUUUACUCAUUUUCGUCUGAAAGGUUUGCAUUAAAUAAUAUUUGAAGACUUAAAAUGAAAGUGAACAUCUUUUGCCUUGUAUCGCGAUUAACAACAAAUUCAGUAUGAAAUUAUAAUAAUUACCUAAUAAUCCUUGUAAUCUGUAAAACACAAUGUAGCAACAAAUAUAACCCCCAAAGAUAAAAAUUCGAAUUCGGAA